AUGUACUUGUCUGAACCUUCUAUGGUUCUAGUUAAUGAUAACCCCAUGAUGUACUUGUCUGAACCUCCUAUGGUUCUAGUUAAUGAUGACCCCGUGAUGUACUUGUCUGAACCUUCUAUGGUUCUAGUUAAUGAUGACCCCAUGAUGUACUUGUGUGAACCUCCUAUUGUUCUAGUUAAUGAUGAUGCUGUGAUGUACUUGUCUGAACCUCCUAUGGUUCUAGUUAAUGAUGACGCUGUGAUGUACUUGUCUGAACCUUCUAUGGUUCUAGUUAAUGAUGACGCUGUGAUGUACUUGUGUGAACCUCCUAUUGUUCUAGUUAAUGAUGACCCCAUGAUGUACUUGUGUGAACCUCCUAUGGUUCUAGUUAAUGAUGACGCUGUGAUGUACUUGUGUGAACCUCCUAUUGUUCUAGUUAAUGAUGACCCCAUGAUGUACUUGUCUGAACCUCCUAUGGUUCUAGUUAAUGAUAACCCCGUGAUGUACUUGUCUGAACCUCCUAUGGUUCUAGUUAAUGAUGACGCUGUGAUGUACUUGUGUGAACCUCCUAUUGUUCUAGUUAAUGAUGACCCCAUGAUGUACUUGUGUGAACCUCCUAUUGAUCUAGUUAAUGAUGACCCCAUGAUGUACUUGUGUGAACCUCCUAUUGUUCUAGUUAAUGAUGACCUGUGA